AAUGAACCGUGAAUGCCAGGGUUAACAUAUCGACGCUGUCGGUGUUUAGGAAGCGGAAAACCUGUGUGCUUUCGUUGUGUACAACGCUGAAUAUCUUAUUUGUGUAAUUUUAACCUACAAAAUCCAAAAUGGCAAUGGGAAGUUGUUACACGUGUAUUCGCUAUUUGAUGUUUGCAUUCAACUUCCUCUUUUGGUUGUUGGGCUGUGCUAUCCUGGGUAUUGGCAUCUGGAUUCGGGUGGAUGAGAACUUCAGCAAAUAUGUCAACAAUAGCGACCAGUUUGGAAUGCUCUACACAGGAGCGUACAUCUUCAUCGCGGUCGGGGUGGUCAUCAUGGUGGUGGGAUUCCUGGGUUGCUGUGGUGCCAUCAGAGAGAACCAGUGUAUGCUGGGAGUGUUUUUCGCAUUGCUGUUCAUCAUAUUUGUGGUACUUCUUGGAGCUGGAAUAUGGGCAGUUGUAGCAAAAGAACAGGUGAAAGAUGUAGUGAACAAGGCACUAGAGGACGGUGUGAAGCACUAUUUCUCAGAGAAAUCAGCCCAGCGUGAAUUUAUGGACAUGGUUCAGAAUGACUUCGAAUGCUGCGGUGCAACAAUGGGUGCUUUUGACUAUGGCACCAGGGUGACAGAGGUCGAGGCCUGUAGCAAGUUCAUUAAGCCGUGUAACACAAAGCUGUUUGACUUUGUGAAGGAUAAUCUGGUGAUCAUCGCUGGAGUCUCUAUCGGGAUUGCUGUCAUCUUGAUCCUGGGCAUGAUCUUCUCUAUGGUCCUGUGCUGUGCCUUGAGAGACCAGGAGGUGUAAACUCCGCUGUUUUACAAUUGCUGAAUGUGAAACCGGGAAGAGGGUGGAGCCUCGUGUUCAUUUCUGUAUGCCUGGCAAGAAAUGCUAAAGGGAAACGAUCAAGAGUGCUGUCCCUUGACUUACCUUUUAUCUGUGUAAAAACUUUCAUUUUUUAUUAUCUCCAAGAAGAAUAGGCUAUAAUGUUAAAUAAUAUUCAAAGAAGAAGCAUUGAAAAUAACAGAAAGUAUAAUUCUAAACAAGAAACAAGCAGCAAAAGCAAACAAUUGUUUGUAUAUAUUAUGCUUUUAAAUGUACAGUAAUCAUAUUUUUUUAUCUAUUAUUUUAACUUAAAUCUGAACAAAUGAUUUUGUAUUAUCGAGGCUGAUAUGUUAUAAAGCUUGUUGGGAAACAUCAAGAAUAGCAACUUAAAAAAAGAUAUCAACAACAUGUAGAAGUUACUUGCAUUAUUAUACAAUGACCGGAAAAUACCUGGUUUUUACAUAAUUUAAAUGUUUGCUUUUGGUUUUUUCAUCAUAAAUGGCUCAAAGAAGAGUUUUUUUUUAAGAAUGCUAAGAAAUUGUGUCAGUGGUUUCCAUAGAAGCUUUGCUGGUGUGGAAUGAAAUAUUUCUGGAAAGUUUCCAUGCUGUAAUGUAUCGAAAGCAGCUAUAUUGAAGACCGUAUCUUUACUCUUUCCCUCAUUUCCCCUCUGUAUUGUGCCUGGAACCAUUUUUUAACCUUAAAAUAGACUUUUCCUCAUCUGCUAUAUAUGCAUAAUCUCAAAUAUUGUAUGCUUUAGUGUAUAUGUUUAUUUUUGUAAAGAUAAUUAAUUUUGUAUUUAAGUGUGUAAUAACAUACAAAGCCUAAUAAAGAAAAAAAGUGUUUCUGAUAAAACCAGCCAUUAAACCCGUAAUUAUUGAUAUACUUAAUUUUUUAUGCUAGACUGAAGUACUAGAAUGGGAACCACUGUGUUUUGUAGAAUGUUAUGCAUUUACUUUGGAAUUUUUUCUGAUUAAAAGUAAAGAAAAUUGUGUUGUUGUUUGUCAUCUAUACAAUGUGAAAUUGAAUAAACAAGUAACUCAAAAUCAUUUAAAUUUUGGCAUUCAAAUUAUUUUGGAAUUUGAUUAUGUAAAACUCAAAUCAAAUUCAAUACGGGUAUGACUUUAUAUGUUAUCUUGUGUUAUCAGAUACCUUCAUCACCAUUGACAACGGUCGGUUUAAGAACAAAUUUUAUUUGAGCAAGGUUGUAAUUAAAAAAUUGUAGGAAAUGUCAAUUAAAAUCUUUAUUUUGAGAAUGAGAUCUUUAUGUAAUCUAGCUUCCUUUAUAAUGUAUUGUUUGAUAUUUUAAAUCAUGAAUACCUGUACUCUAUCCAUGGGUUCAUUGGUAAAACAAUGUGCAGGUUUGACUUUAACCAUUACAUCUAUGUAACGAUUUGUUGACUGUCAUGUUUUAGUUAUAAUAAUGGACCAUUUUGCAAAAACUUCACAAAACCUGUCUAUUAAUAGUAGCUGUAAACACGUACAUAAAUUUGUUUUUUUUGUUUGUAUGUUUUAUAGAGGUAUAUCUUUAUUGUUUACAUGGUAUUUGUAGUCUUUUUGUAAAUUGUUAUUAUGUACAUUAAUCAGACAUAGGCCAAUAUCUUGUCAAGAAAUUAAAUGCAAUAGGCCGGUAUACAGAAACUAAAUCAGAGUUUGAAAAGGCUAUGAAAAUCUGUUUUUAAUCACCAUUUAUUUAGUAACUUGUUAUAUCUCUUUCUAUCACUUCUACAGCUUUAUGCUUAAUUCAGUUUCAUUUUUAAUUAUGCUAGGUGUUGAUGAAACAUCAUUAAAGAACCAAUAUUAGGAACAAAACAACAUACAUGUCAAUCAGUGAUAACAAAAUUUAAUACGAGGCAAACAUUGACUGUUAACCUUUAAGGAUUUUGAACGUCUGUGAAGCUCAGGUACCUCCAGAAAGUGUAUGAAUGUGUAUACUGUGUUUAUUCACACCUCGCUUAGUUAUCAAUGAGCAGUAAUUGUAUGCAAUUUUUUAUGUUACUUUGAAGCCAUUAUUUGAAAUACUGCAAAAAUUAAUCUUCAUGUAUUUUUUAGUUUAAAAGUUGACCUUUUUUUCACCACUUUUACAUAAUUUAAUACUACCAUCAUCUUACAUGUUUGUUGUUUGUAGUGUUUUUUUCAAAUAUCCAAAUUUCAAAUAGUUAGAUUUUUUUCUUUCUAAUUCACAUUUGUGUUUGCUUUAUGCAUUUUUUCAAAUGCAGUAUAUUUACCUAACAAUAACAGCCUUUCUGUCCAAUUGUAAGAACUUACAUGAUUUGAAUACUUUAAAUGCACUUAGUUUCUAUUUUUGCCAGAGAUUUGAAUGUUAAAAAAGUUGUUAAAAACUAGAACCUGAGCAAGAAUGAAAGAUUUUGUGACAUUUAAAAUAUUAGCAAUGAAUGGAAGGUAACUGAUCUUUAAAGAACAUUUUUGUGUGCAUCUUUUUAUUUUCUGCCAUUAAAUCAGUUAUAUAUAAAGCAUUCAACAUUUUCAGUGCCUUGUGUUGAUUAUUGCUGCAUUAUUUGGCCUACAUACACUUGACAUGUAACUACAAACUUGUAAGCUUGUAAAUUAAUGGCAUAAGCAUAAGGUCAUUAACAUGGUUGAGAAUAACAGAGAAUUAUCUUGAAAGUGUAAGAUAAUCACGAACAUGGUAAGAUAAAUCAACUAAUCGCAUUACAGAUCUGUGUAUAUAUAGACCAUUCACUGUAUUAAGGGGUUUAAUGCAUGUGCGGAAAGUGUUGUCCCAGAUUAGCCUGUGCGGACUCUGUCCGCUUUAAUUGUAUUUUUCGUUGAAGGGAAAACUCUUAAUAACGAAAAUUAAGUUAAGGCUGAAAGUGUCCUCCCUGAUGAGUCCUUGCUGACCGCACUGGCUAAUCAGGGAUGAUACUUUGCGCACAUGCAUUAAACCCCCUUUUCACAGAGUGAGGCCAAUAUUAAUUUUGUUGGAAAGUUUAGAUUAAUUAAUAUUUGAAUAAAGGCAAAUCUGUGCAUUAUUGAAGUGUGGUAACUUCUAUUGAUUCUGUAUUAACGAGUAGUACUUGUGUUUUAUAUAGAGGCUCAAUAGGUAUGUUCGUACAAAUACAACUUCAGUUGGUCUAUUGUACUCCUGCAAUAUAUUCUUCCUCAAUGAUUGCUGCAAUAAAACUCGCAUUGUUGUAUUAGUGAAAUAAUUCGUCCAGUUUGAUGGUCUUAGCUUAAUAGACAAUAUGUUGUAUGAUGAUCCAUGUAUUCACGUGUAUUUUUUUACUGUAAUUUUAUGAGUGUUUAAAUAGAAGUAAAUAAAAACAGAAGUUAG